GAGCUUCAUUCAGUGUGAGCACAGUCUGAGGAGGAGGAGGAGGAGGAGGAUGAAGAGCGGGGACCCCUCAUCUGAUCAGAUCAUCGAUCCGCGAUGAUCGAUCAGAGUCUGCAGCCGCGCUGAUCAGCUGAUCCCGGAGCGGCUGCACGAAGCGACAAUCAGCGUCAUCAAUCAAUCGAUCGAUCACACCUGAUGUGAGACGCGGCGGGAGACAAUCAGCUGACCGGAGGACGGAGCGGCGGGUCCUGGACUCUGGACUCCGGACCGCUCUCUGGAUCAUGUGACCGACCAGCUGCAGGUUCGAUCCCCGCAGGAGCCGCAGGGAGACCCCGCAGGUCAGAAGUUCUGAAGACUGUUUAACUUCCUCUACAGACCGCCCUGGGAACUGCACUGCUAACAGCUAGCAGCUAACAGCUAACAGCUAGCCAGUGGGGCAGUCCUGUAGUUGGUGUUCAGGCUGUUGGAUGGCAACAGGAGUGAACUACUGGAGCUCUUAUGAACCCAGUUACAAGGUGAGCGAGUGCGUGUGGGGCGGCGAACAGGAGUCCAGCAGUGAGGAGGGAGGAGGCGGGGUCACAUGGGACACACACGCCAUGGAGGUCAAAGGUCAACUCAUCUCGGCACCUGACCCUCUCACCUGUCCUGACAGGAAGCAGAGGGAGCGAAUGGCAGAGCUGCAGGAGAGGAGGCGGGGCCUGCAGGCGCUGCUGAGCACACGACUGGCUGAGCUAAGACGCAUCUGUCUGCAGGAGGCGGAGCUGACAGGUGCGGUGCCCAGUGACUUCCCCCUGGAGGCGGGAGAGAAACCCCCCUGUGUCCGCCGGAGAGGGGGCGCGCCUCGCCAAGGAAACAGGAAGUGUCGAGUGGAGGAGGAAGACUCUCAGCGUUCGAAGCCUAAGAAAACUUUAUUCAGUGGAGCUCUGAGGAAACACAGCGACCCUGAACACAACACACACACACACCACGGCAAGAGGACCGUACACAGAGGCUGCCACACAGACGACACAGUGAGGUCAGAGAGCAGCUCCACGUCAGACUCAACAGGACUGGAUAACGAUGAUGGCGUGUCUCAGUGUCGCCUCCCGCUGGUUGCUGCUGGUUCUCCAGUGGAGGUUUUCUACCAGAACAAAACCAGGAGGAACUCACUGCACAACAGGACUGACCAUCCAGAGACUCUUCACAAGCCCCCACCCCUGCCCCCCUCCCAUCCUCCCCCUCUCCAUCCUCCUCCUCCUCCCCCUCGCUCUCAGGACUCCUCCUCCUCGUCCGGCCCCUCUGAUCCAGGUCCGGCGGGGGAGGGCAGGGUCAGGGUUAACGCAGCUCGCCACAGUAACAGCUCCGACGGCCUCCUGGAACGCAUCACCCCCCCAGAGGAGGAGGGAGGGGCACAGCAGGGGGGAUUAUGGGUAAAUGGUCUGCAGGGGUCCAGAGGAACAAACACGGCAGGAGCACUGAGGAGCUCCGAGACACUGACGGACGGUCGGACGAGGGGAAGGGCGAGGACAAAUAACAGCCUCACAGAGGGCGGAGGAGCGGGGCGAGGAAGAGGAGGAGGAGGCAGAGGAGGAGGAGGGUACAGCGAGGUCCUGCUGGACUACGUCUGGGGGAAACAGCAGCAGCUGCAGCGACAGCAGUCCCAGCCCAACAACAGGCAGCCAAUCACAUCACAGCAACAGCUGCUCUACAAUGGCUACUCCUCCCAGCAACCCUCUGGAGCCCCGCCCACCUACCGCGGUCACCUAGGCGACCAGCGACGAGUCAAAGUGACCCGCACCAAGUCCUGCGGCCCCUUCCUCCCAGUGCAGCAGAGCCAGACUGAUACCCAUAAUCCUCCUCUGUCUGCCAUCCAGCCAGACCCACACCCCCAUCUGCUGCCCCCUAGACCACCACAGCUGCCCCCCGCCCAGGACGCACAGCUGGAGGAGGCCACCAGGAGCCUCCACAAGGCCCUCGCCCUGGAAGGUCUGAGGGACUGGUACCUGAGGAACACAAUAGGCUCCACCCACCAAAACCAGACCAAUGGAAAGGUCAACACGGGGGUCAGUACGAAGAUGAACGGAGCGGUCAAAGGUCAGGCCGGAGGGGGAGGGGCUCUGCAGGGCAGACGGAGGACUCACGGUGGCGUCCAGCAGUCGACCUAUCAGACGGAGACGAAUCAUCAUCACGUUCCGACGCAUCACAAAAAGACGCUGCCACAUUCAGCCACAUUCCACGGACAUCCACUGCAUGGCAGGUCUAUGGACGGUUCUCUCUACCACGACUUCCCUCCUCAGAAACAGGAAGACCAGCCAUCUCCUGGAACUCUGGUCUGAGUCACCGACCAAUCAGGACGCUGACGGACAGACACAUGGGCCAAUCCCGGGCUGGCUUCCUGGGAUCAUGACCUGUCUGGACUGUGUCCCGUAGGAUCUUCAGGGGAACCAGGGGAACCAGGACCAUGGUGGUUCUCUUCAGGUCACACCAGCAGCUGCGUCCUGCCCACAGCUUCACCUGAAACCCUGCCCACCAUGAUGUCACACAGUGGGUGAUGAUGUCACUGUCCUGUUGGCGGCUGCAGUCUGACCUCAGGGUGGGGUCUGGACUGGACUCAGGAACUGGAAAUGAGUUUAAUGACAUUGAUGUGUGAACAUCGUUGAACUGACCGGCCCAAAGGGUUUCUGGGUAAAAACUCAGCUGUUACAUGACACGUUAAAAUUGACCUGCAGUUUUUUUUCUGCUGGACAUUUUCUAAAUUUUCUACGACGACGUCUUUGAUCUGACUCUGCUCAGACAAUCAGGACCAAACCAGAGUUUUAUAUCAGCUUUUGAUAGAAGUGAUGAUGAUGAUGAUGAUGAAAGUGUUGCACUCUCACCAGCUGACAUCACCAGCUCCGCCCACCAGACCAGCAGUUUUUAAAGAGUGAACCUUUUGAUAAUCGGACCUGUUUGAUCCCUCAGGUGAGUCCAGGUGAGUCCAGACAGAAACCAGCAGGUGACACUCUUCAGGUAUUCUCACGUCUCUGCACUAAAAGUCUGACGAGGUCUUCGGUCUGAGAGCAAUAAGAGGACGGCGGAGUCCACGUCGUGUUCUGGUUGAACCCUAUUAACUUUUCAGGACGAAAAUCGUUUGCAGCGACAAUCAGACGAUGAUGUCACAGUGUUGAUUGAUUGAUUGAUUGAUUGGUCUAUUCAUCGACUGAACGGAGCUUCAGUGAAACUCUUUUGUACAGAUGUCCGUGAACUCAACUUGAAUGAAAUGCAACUUUUAAAAAAAAGUGAAGUCAGUGUUUAAUGGAGGUCGGAUGGAUUCUGAUCCGUCAACAUGUUGAUUAUUGAAUAUUGAUUAGUAAUCAAUAACACGUCUCUCUGUGUGUUGUGAUGAAAAUGUGUUUUAGUUCCUGACUGAUGACGUCUGUGCUUUUUAUUCUGAGUCCACUUCAAUCAUUCAGCUCCAUAAAAACCAGUCUGACCUCCAGCUGCCUCUGACAGGAAGCCACGGUCACAUGACGCGUCACAUGAUGAUGUCACAUGAUGAUGUCACACGAUGAUGUCACAUUCAGACACAUGAUGAGGAAACUCUUCACCCAGAACCAGAGAUCAGGGGUGCCCUUCAUUAUGCUAACUUAUGCCUCCUUGCCUCCUUUCUCCUCCUCUGUCAUACUUGUGCCUCCUCUUUACUCCACUUGCCUCGUCUUUCCUCCUCUCUCCUUCUAUGUCCUCCUCUCUCCUCCUUUUACCUU